CUUGUUAUAUGAUCAAGUGAUUAAUAAUAUACAUUCUGGUUGCACUACCUUUUCACUGUACAGUGAACAUAAAAAAUUGUAUGCUGAGAAAUGUUUCUAUUUGGUAAUAUGUAACGAGCAUAAAGAGGACGCUAAAUAUGAAGCAUAUAUAAAUCUUGAUGAACUAAUUACACAAUACAAGGAUUUUGAUGCAUAUAAAGCAUCAAGUGAACCCCCCCACACCCCCCAAAAUAAGGAGUUUAAAUGUGCUCGGAAAUGUUCAAAUUCUUAUUG